AUGAACCAUUCGCAGCUUUGCAUUUGGCAAAAGAAAUCAAGAACCAAGGCCGUGGCGGACACCAAAUGCUUUCAUGUGGCUUUGACUGCCAAAGUCUGCGGACAGGUACAGGUGCAGCUGCCGCGGACACCCAGCAGUUCCAGUGUUCCCCAGGACGAGGUGAUCCUUUCUCCGAAGCGCGAUUCCCGCUGCCUUCCGGAGUUUCUUGCCGGGCAGUGGAAGCAGACCUUGUCGGACUGCAGCACCGUCCCGUCUGAGCCCACGCCGGAAUGUCGGCGCAGUACGACGAUGAUGACAGAUAUGACCUCGGAGUGUGUGCCCAUGACUGCGUCUCCCUCCCCUGCUGAGCGCCCAAAUGGCCGAGCCCUCGUUCUGCCUGAUAUUGUGCCUGCUCUGCAGCUACAGCACUUGCCGAGCAGAAGCUCUCCAGGCAGCCCCACUCACCAUGACCAGUCGGGAACGUCCGGGGGGGAGGAAUCAUCCCCUGUGGUUCGAAAGCGCGAGCUCUUCAAGAAGAUGGGGAAGCGGGUGACGGCAAGAUUGACGGUGAAGUUCAAGAACUUGAUUCGGAGAUCGUCUUCCUUGCAUGCCGCAAGCAGGCACAUCCCUUCCGAACUCGGAAUUCCCUCGGAGCCGCCGCUGCUGACUCACAGAAUCGACAAGGCAACUGUUGCCAAAAUCUGGGAAACCAUGCAGAGGCCUCAUCAUUGCCCGCUGCUGCAGUUCCUGAGCCAGGUUGGUGGAUGCCACGACUUCCACGCCUCCUUGUGGGAGGAUUGCCAGGAGGUCCCGGCCGCCAAGAUCCGGAAGUGCUGCUACAUGGCGCCCAUUCCUGACGACAUCCCCAAUUUCGCGAGGCGGCUCUUGAACAUUCCUUCCCAGAUCAGUACCUGCUCUGUGUGGCGGCUUGUCUACACCCCCGAGGAGAUGUGGUUCGUCCAGCAAAGUUAUACUGGGGACGUCCUCUACGGCGACCGAUUUAAGGUGCAGUGCACCGUGCGCUUCACUCAGGAGCCAGAAGCGAAGAGUGUCGUGGUUGACCAGUGGGUGGAGAUCGCUUGGGACAAGCCUUUGCCUUUCACCCACGCUAUGGUUCGCUGCUUCAUCGAAAGCAAGGCUCACGCCGAUGGGCGGGCCCUUGGCGGUGAUCUCGUGCGCUGCAUUAAGGAAGCCGUGGAAGCCUUGGAAUUGGAGGACCAGGCAAGAGCUUCUCUUCACAGAAGAGCUGUAAUUUCAGAGAGAUUCCGGCGUCAUCGCGCUAUGUAG